GGAGGCGGAUCGGAUCGCAGCCGAGACGGGAGGUCUCUGCCGGGCCGGACAGUGGGGACCCGGUUGCUGUCGGUCCACCCGGGUAAGGGGUCGGGGAUGCGGUCCUGUAGAACGCUCCAGGUCGGAAAUUGGUCGAACAGCUCCGCGAGCCGCGGACGUCAGCUGUCGUAAACUCUGCAUUGACCCUCGAUACUCAGUUCUCUCGGAGACCGCAUGCCUGGACGAUGAGCCGAUUCCCUCACGACGAAAGACGGCAACCGGGUCCUUCGGUGUCGGGGACUCAAUCACCUCGAGACGUCACCGCGGCUCUGAGCUGCUCGCCCGCUCGCUCGCAGGGAAAUCCUCCCUCAAGUGUUUGGAUCCAUACAAUUUUUAUAGGAUCUAGGUCUCCGGUCACACCGGUCAGGUGGCGAAUGGCCGAGCGAGAGCGGAUUUGACCGGAUCGUCGGCUCGGUGGAGUGAGCGGAAGUUCUCGGCGGCGGGAUCGAGCGCAGAGCGGGCGGGCGGGCAGCCGUCCAGCGACGACUUGUCCGGACCCCCGAACUCUCCGUUGCGUUUCCUUUCGUCGCUCGAGAUCGGUCGAUGUUCACGAAGAGCGCCCGUUGAGAUUCUGCUGUGAUGAACUGAUCUCGCCUUACGUGCUCCCGAGGUGCUGUCUGAUUGGCGUUGCAGUGGAUUGCAGAAGCCUUGUAGAGGAAGUUUUCAAAACUCUCUGGAGAUUGUGCAGUCGCAUGAAGGUUGCCAAUUACGAGAGAGACAGGGAGAGCGAUCGAGCCAAUCUGGGUGACGCAGCUGCUUGGUUAAUCGUUCCUCGCACCGGAGGUGCCAAGAAACAAGCUCUGUCGUCGAAAUACAGCCGUGGUAGCAGGGUAAUGAUGCAGAAUUCACAUUCCAGCCUUUGACAAUGAUCGGAGGCAAAAGCGGCCCGUGCAUUGGAGCCAUAGUUCUUUGCCUGUCCGCUGUGCUGGUCAUCGCACAACCAGGGUUUCUGAGCAUAGACUGCGGAUCUACUGUCAACUACACGGACGCGCUGACUGGAAUCGACUGGGUCACUGAUCAGGGCUACGUAACCACUGGAAUCAACACAGCACCAGUCAGCAAAACUGCCAGCUCGCCUGAAAAUCUCACCCAAAUAUGGGACAACAGGUUCUUCCCCGAGCGCCAGAAGAAUUGCUACACUCUACCUACAGAAAUUUGGUCGACUUACCUCAUUCGCACGACAUUCAGGUUUUUAGACAAGGGCCAGAUUGUGAACGAUCUGAACUUUCAGCUGUUCAUCGAUUCGACUCCGUGGACCACUAUCUCGUACUCCAACUCGCCGUCAACUGGAGCCCCGAGCCUUGACACUGUGCGAGUGUCCGAAGCCAUUGUGAAUUCCACCGGGUCCAAGAUUAAUGUCUGCCUCGUGCGCGGUAACGGCAACCCUUUCAUUUCGGCGUUGGAGCUCAGGAAAUUCGACCCAACCAUGUACGCCGCCGAUGACACGGGCUUGAAUUCAGGACAGAUGCUAUUUCUCGAGAUGCGAAUAAACUUGGGUAUGCCGGUCGGUUCGCAAAUCAGGUACCCAGAUGAUCCGUACGAUCGCUUCUGGCCGCCAUACUUGAGAUUGGGGAGUAUAUUAUGCCCGAGCACGCUGAAUUCCUCGCGCCCUGACCUUAUACUACCUCAGCUCAGUGGGAAUCGAGUACCGCGGAAGGUGAUGCAGGAUGCUUGUGUGGGUACCGAGAGUCAACCGAACAUAGAAUUCAGCCUCAGCUUUUCCGCAACAGUCCAAAUUUUCUACGGUAUAAUUUACUUACAGGAGAUCGAUGAUAAUGCCACCGCGACGAAUGUACGGAGCAUCAGGAUUCAAGUGCAUUUCAAUGACUACGAAGCGAAUGAUUUCAACGUGACGAGGGAAGUGAAUCAAGAUUCCUCAGCAUCGUUCAACCUGUCGAACUCGGCAUUUUCCGCCACUCUCAGUAGACUCCCGGAAUCCCGCCUGUUCCCACUAGCAAAUGCAGCGGAAUACUACUUCAUGACCAACGUCAGCUCCAACUCCACGGAUGCCAACGACGCGAGUGCUUUGGAACGGGUCAAGGCAGGUUUCAACCUGCCGGACUACCCCGGGGAUCCGUGUUAUCCUGUCGCGUGGGAUUGGGUUGUUUGCGAUGCCAAUUCUCAACCGGCGAGAGUCUCUGAAGUGAUUAUCUCGGGGUAUAAUACGACAGGAGUCCUGGAUCCAGCCAUAAAUGACUUGAGUCAGCUGACAAUAUUGCUUCUGGAUCACAAUCAACUGUCGGGCGUGAUUCCAGACCUUAGGGGCUUGACUAAACUCGUAACAGUGAAGCUGCAAAACAACAACUUCAGUGGAGCAUUCCCAGAAUACUUGUUUCUCGUUCCGUCUCUCGUGAAGCUGGAUGUGUCGAACAACAGUCUGAAUGGCGCGCUUUCGACGUGCCCUGGAACGAAGUUAAUCUUCUCAUGCGACGCCAAUCCACUCUUUGAUUGCAAACAAAAAUUGAAUUCUUGCCUUGGAUCGGGCGGAGGAGGAGUGUCAGUUGCCUUGGUAGUCGGAGGAGUGUUUGGAGGUUUAUUUUUCCUUUCACUGAUCGUUGUUUGCCUGGUGUUGAUUAUACAUGCGAAGAAGAAAAGAGCUCUUGCAAGAGAAGCUGCUUUGUCUCAGUCACAAAACGGGAUAAAAGUCAAGCUGGUAGCCCGAGGGCCCUAUUCUUCAAACUUCAAUGGUGAUGAAAACACGGCUCGUUUCACGUCAGAGCAAAUACAAAAGCUGACUAACAAUUUUGAAAAGAAGAUCGGACAAGGGUCGUAUGGAGCCGUGUAUCUUGGAGAGCUAGAUACAGGCAAAAAAAUUGCUGUGAAAGUACAUGACGCCAUGUCUCGUCAAGGAAUCAACGAAUUCAUAAAUGAGGUGAAUCUAUUGUCGAGAGUCCACCAUAGGAAUCUGGUUUCUCUCCUAGGCUAUUGUGAAGAAAUGGACCAGCAGGUACUGGUCUAUGAGUACAUGGGCAACGGAAAUUUGCGCGAGCAUCUAGGCGGUAACCUGAAGAAGGAACCGCUAAGCUGGAAAACUCGUCUCGACAUCGCCAUAGACUCCGGCAAAGGGCUGGAAUACCUUCACAAAGACUGUCAUCCUCAAAUUAUUCAUCGCGAUGUCAAGAGUUCCAAUAUACUGCUGGACGAAAAAUUCGUUGCCAAGGUUGCCGAUUUCGGUCUCUCGAAGGCUGGACCGGACGGAGGCUUCGAGAGUGGUAUUUCAACCGUUGUGAAGGGCACGCCCGGAUAUUUCGAUCCUGAGUAUUUCAUGACACAGCGGCUAACGCAUAAAAGCGACGUGUACAGCUUUGGUAUUGUGCUUCUGGAAGUGAUAUCUGGAGUUCAUCCCUUCAGUUCCCAACUUCCAGAUGGAAGUGCGGGAACCCUCGUCGAAUGGGUGAAACGGCAGUUGCCGACGAACAUUCUUGGUAUUGCAGAUGAAAACCUAAAUGGACAGUAUAGUGAAGACGUCAUGAUAAGAGUGAUUCAGCUCGCGGUGUCUUGUAUUGCUCUACAGUCCAUACAUAGACCUGAUAUGGAGCAGAUUGUUAGGGUCUUGUGUGAGGCCAGGGACGCAGAUUUCCCGGUCGAGAGUGUACCCCAGAGCCCUUUUAGCGAACUAACGCCUCUUUCCUCUACGUAUACGAGAUCUUUACAAAGCAGUGACUCCUCUGACCCGGCCGCCGAGCUUGUGUUGUCCUCUGCAUGCCUUGAUCGGACCAACAUCGAUGCCUCUUACCAGGUGGGCAGAUAGCAGAACCAGCACCUGAAUUGUAUUCAAAACAUUUUGUUGGACAUUUCUGUACGGGGGAUAUGCAGGUGGGAAGCUCACGACAUUCUUCAGAGUACGUACCUUUUUAGAGGGCAAAAUCAGAAUGGAGCAAAUUAGGAUUCCAAGUCUCAACCGGUGCGUCUCCGGCGAAGAAGUGAGGAUUGCUGAGUAUAAGGAAACACAAGCUCUUGGACUAAGAGCGUAUCUCUUAAACUCGCUCCGCAUAGGUGACAAUUUCUCUCGGCCUAAGUAAAUUGGCACGAGACGAUGUCGAAGGAUCUUAGGCCAUCAGGCGAUUGGUUUCGCUCAGUGGCACAUGAUUCUGUGUAAAAUAUCGAGCAACCACGAUGUGUAUAAUAUUCCCAUGGAGAUGGAAAAGUUGGCCUUUUUCUGGGCGAUGUAGG